CUCCUCUUCAUUCUCUCUCUCUCUCUCUCUCUCUCUCGUUCUCUCUCUCUCUCUCCUCCGCCUCUGGAUCGUCGUCUCCUCGCGAUCUCCUACCCCUCGACACCCACAACGCUCUCCUCCUCCUCGUCGUCGCUAUAUACACCUCCUCACUCCCCUCUCUCUCUCUCUCUCGUGGCGAUGGCGCCGAUCCCGUUGAAGCAGUCCCCGAGCUCCGCACAGACCCUCGCCCGCGGCGGCGGCGGGGCCCCGGAGACGCGCGGGAUCGUGCGCGAGGCCGUGCGCGCCACCCUCGCCUCCUCACCACCGGCGGUGGCGCCGCCGCCGCCGAUUGAUCAGAUCCAGGCCGAGGUCAGGUUCGGGGCCCCCGUGGCGGGGCUCGCCGCGGCGCCCGCCGCGGCGGCGGAGAGGGUGCUGUGUUGGGAAGAGGUCGAUGGGAGGAGGUGGAGCUACGUGGUGGAUGUGGGGGAAGGGCGAGGUGGGAGGGGGUCGCGGAAGGGGUCGGCGGUGAGGGCCGUGUCGAUGCAGACCCCGGUGGCUCCCCUGGAGGAAUUAGUGUCAUUCAUAAGAUCCUAUGUCGUUCCGGAAGGCUUUCCAGAUAGUGUUACCCCAUCAUAUGUUCCAUACAUGACAUGGAGAGCUUUGAAGCAUUUCUUCGGAGGAGCAAUGGGUGUUUUUACGACGCAGACACUGUUAAGCUCUGUUGGAGUAUCUAAAAAUAGAGCUACUCCAGGUGCUGUUGCCAUUAACUGGAUACUCAAAGAUGGAGCUGGGCGUGUUGGCAAAAUGCUUUUUGCACGGCAGGGCAAGAAGUUCGACUAUGAUUUAAAGCAGCUUCGCUUUGCUGGUGAUCUUAUAAUGGAGUUAGGGGCUGGGGUAGAGUUAGCAACUGCUGCUGUUCCACACCUCUUUCUACCAUUGGCUUGUGCGGCCAAUGUGGCAAAGAAUGUUGCUGCGGUCACAUCAACAUCGACGCGCACUCCAAUCUACAAGGCCUAUGCGAGAGGAGAAAACAUAGGGGAUGUCACCGCAAAAGGAGAAUGUGUUGGGAAUAUUGCAGAUCUGUUGGGAACUGGGCUGAGCAUCUUAAUUUCAAAAAGGAAUCCCUCCUUGGUGGCUUCAUUUGCCUUUCUGUCAUGCGGAUAUGUUCUUAGUUCAUACCAAGAGGUGAAAUCAGUUGUGUUGAAUACAUUAAACAGGGCAAGGUUCACCGUGGCGGUGGAAUCCUUCAUUAAGACAGGUUAUGUACCCUCAUUGAAGGAAGGGAAUUCGAAGGAAAAUAUAUUCAGCCCACCAUGGGUUAAACAUACACCAGUUGUGUUAGGACCAAGAUUUGGGGAAGCAUUUCAGGAGCCUGCCUCAUUUGUUGCUAUAGAGCCGUUGUUUGAGAAAGAGAGAUAUAUGGUGACAUAUAACCCAUCAAAAGAUAAAAUCUAUGCAUUGCUCAAGGAUCAAGCAAAAUCCGACGACAUUCUUAAAGCUGCUUUCCACGCUCAUGUUCUACUGCAUUUCAUUCAUUCAACAAAUGCAAACCGACAUUCAAGGAAACGGAUGAGCUCUAACAAAUCGAAACUAAAUGAGACCAUAGACCCUAGAAACUUGGACUUUCUAGCUCACAUAGCAGAAUCAUGCAAGAUUGUGUCGUCAUCGUAUGGAGUUUUCAAGGAAAAAGCAGCUGAAGAGGGAUGGAUAAUGUCAGAAUCGCUGCUUAAUCCUGGGAGAGCUCGGUUGUGUGGACUAAAGGAACAAUAAUAUAUUUGAAAAGACCUUUUUUCAUGCAUAACUUGUGCCUAUCUUUUGUAUUUUGAGAAAGGAUGCUCAGUCCAUGUCACCAAAUUGAAAGCGGCGCCAAUGAUGAUUGCUGAGACAGUGGAUACUGGGUUUCGUAUUAGACUCGUAUCUUGUAGUACUAUAUCUCUACACCUAAACCUAGUUUUCCCCCGGUUUGGAUCAGGAUAUCGCAGUAUAUGGUUUUUGAUUUCUUCGUAACUAACUGUUUCUGCAAUUGACGAUAAUUUCGAUUUUGUUUUCAAUUCAGCAGGCUCACUUGGUAGACAUGAAUAGUAGUAGUGAUAAAUUGAGGGUGAAACUAAGUAGCUUUUGAGUGCUAGGGAGGGGAAAUGGAUCAAUGAAUGAUCUAAUAGAGCGUCUCCAGCUGUGCGGUUCUGCUAAAUGACUCAGAAUAGAUUUUUGUAUAUGAUUACGGUGUUAUACUUAGUUAUCGUUAACCGGAUACUAACUAAAUGUGCUUUUUGGGGUCUUUUUUGUCGCUGUCGUUGUUGUGAUACGUUAUAACCAUUUCUUUAAAAUGUAAAUGAUUACUACUAUUUUUCGA